AUGGCACGGAAGAAACAAAAGAAGCAGACGCACCUCGGUGCCAACAAUGGCCCUGCCGGCAAGGCGCCGUCCGCAAAUUCAGUCUCACGAUCCCCCAAAAGCAUGGUGAUUCGGAUUGGAGCUGGAGAAGUAGGACCAAGUGUGAGCCAGCUGGUGAAAGAUGUGCGCGCAAUGAUGGAGCCUGAUACGGCCUCGAGAUUGAAGGAGAGGAAGGCGAAUAGGCUGAGGGAUUAUUUGACGAUGGCUGGUCCGCUCGGCGUGUCACAUCUUAUGCUAUUCUCAAGGUCGGAUUCUGGAAAUACAAAUAUGCGACUUGCAAUUACACCAAGAGGACCGACAUUACAUUUCCAGGUGGAGAAAUACUCGUUGUGUAAAGAUGUCAGAAAUGCGUUGAAGCAUCCAAAAGGUGGUGGAAAAGAAUACCUCAAUCCUCCUUUGCUUGUCAUGAACAACUUCACAUCUCCUCCCUCCGACUCCGACUCCCCAAACAAGAUACCCAAACACCUCGAAUCUCUCACCACAACAGUCUUCCAAUCACUCUUCCCUCCAAUCUCCCCCCAAAAUACACCACUUCCCUCGAUCCGAAGGGUUAUGCUGCUGAAUCGUGAGCUACAAGACGAUGGUUCAUAUAUCCUCAAUCUCAGACAUUACGCCAUUACCACAAAAGCCACUGGUCUUUCGAGACCCCUUCGAAGACUGAACGCAGCCGAGAAGUUAUUGAAUUCACAAAGGAAAAAGGGCAAGAAGGGAGGUCUACCGAAUCUCGGAAAGCUGGAAGACAUAGCGGAUUAUAUGGUUGGAGGUGCUGAUGGUUCCGGAUACAUGACGGAUGCCACGAGUGGUAGUGAGGCUGAUACAGAUGCCGAAGUAGAGGUAGUCGAGACGAGGGCGAAGAAAAUAUUGUCAAAACGACAAAAAGAUCGCGAAGAUGGUAAGAGCAAAGGCUCGGGUCCUGGUGUAGAAAAACGAGCUGUCAAGUUGGUUGAACUAGGACCGAGAAUGAGGCUUCGAAUGACGAAGGUUGAAGAGGGGGUGUGCACUGGCAAAAUCAUGUGGCACGAGUAUAUCCACAAGACUAAGGAGGAAGUCAAAGCGAUGGACAAGGCGUGGGAGAAGAAGCGACAAGAAAAGGAAGGCAGGAAACGCGUUCAGAAGGAGAAUGUUGAGAAGAAGCGUCAAGCCAAGGGACUGGGCGCGAAAGAUGCCGAGGGCGAUGAUGACGAAAUGGACGUUGACGAGUGGGACUCCGAGGGUCUUGAAGGAGAUGGGGAAAUGGAGUUGAACGAGGAGAUGGAUGAUAGAGGGCAAUGGGAAGAGGCAGAAGCCGAGAUUGCGGGAGGUUGA